AUGGAGCCUGCUACGAGUGAUUGCAUUCACGCAUUGCCACAGACGGCGUCGACAGACCCGUUGAUGCUCAUUGUCAUCUAUGGAUCCGCGGGCAUCGCCGCACUGUUUAGCGCCAUCGCCAUCGUCCUUGGAUUCUCCUCGACUGGGCGAGGAAUGUAUUACAUGACUCUUUGCCUCUCCUGGACAUAUACGGUUUCAUCAGCGGGCUUUCGGGGGCGUCUGAUCGACCACGGUCUCACCGGAGCCUUUGUGUUGGCAACUCUUCUGGAUAUAUUCGGCUCUAGUCCCCAGACCACUGGCUCAUCAUCGGUUUCCGCAAAGAUGGGUUUGACCGACACUGUCUCGUACCGCUGGAUCAACUCGCUGCUCGCGAUCAAAGGAUCUCUGCACCUUCAAAUGAUGCCUCCACACCCGCUGCCGGCCGACUUUGAAGAAUAUUGCCGCAGAUUCGUUCUUGCGGUCACAAGUGGCUCCGGAGAGUCAGACGAUCCCUUCUGGGGUUUCCUUAUCCGCGAACAUUCGAAGGCCUUAUUGCUCAGUUCAUUCCUGCGUUUCGUUGACGAUGCCUCGAAAUUCAUUCUUCCUUGGCUAUUACGCGCUCUACUUGCGAGACCUUCGCUUCAGAACAUGUUGAUGCUAUUCUGUUCUCGUGUGGUCGGUGUUCUGUGCGGCAAUUAUAGCGGUCUAUUCCUUCGCAAGAUCAGCGCCCAAUACAAGGCCAUGCUUUCCCAGAGUAUCUACUCGAAAACCUUGAGGAUGGGACACUACAGGCCGUCGUCAAACGACCUUGAUAUAUCCACACUUGGAGAAGUGGACACGCAGAAAUUGGCCCAAGGGAUUUUGAACUUGCUUGAUGUGUGGUCAUUCCCUCUGCAAGUCCUGGCGUGUUUUGGCGGAAUCUUGUAUCUCAUGUUGCUCGAUGGCGUAAUCGCUAUUGUCUUUACCUUGAUAACUGUGUUCCCUGUGAUGAACUUUCUAGUUCAAAGAACGGGAAUGUGGUUCCACAAGAACAUGGUAGCAAGAGACAAACGAACCAGCCUUACGACAGAAGUCAUAACUCGCAUCAAGGCUAUCAAGCUCCAUGGGUGGGAGUCCAUUUUUGCUACGGAGCUGGAUGAGAGAAGAGCGGCAGAUGUCUCGAUACUGGGAAAAGCUGCUCUGAUCAGUGCAUGCAUGGUCAGUUUCUCGCAGUCUAUCCCCUCUAUCUUGACUACUGCAUCAUUCGGACUGGUCGUAUGGAGACAAGGACAGCUUGAUAGCCAACUCAUCUUCACAUCGAUAAUGCUCUUCUCGAUGCUAAGUUCGAGCCUGACCCUGUUGUCAAGCCUUGCUGCAACCUACCAAGGCAUUAGAGUUUCAUUGUUGCGUAUCCAAAAAUAUGUGCGCAUGGAUGAGGCCAGAUAUGCGGGUCCCGAACUUGCGGCAAUCUCAGAGUUCCAUGCCGACUCAGGUCUGAGGCUCACUGAUAUGACAUUGAGUUGGCGUGAUCAAAAACCUCUGGUCAGCAAUGGGAAACUCAAGGUCGAAGCUGGGAAGCUGAAUGUUAUAUCUGGUCCCACCGCAGCGGGUAAAUCGACAUUGUUAACCUCUCUUGCCGAGCAACUGCAACGACAUGGACGUGUGGGUAUCACACAGCAGGAACCGUUUUUGAUCAGCGGCACAGUUCGGGACAACGUCACCUUUGGUCGGCCAUUCGAGCAGGCCUUUUAUCAGAGAGUCGUCGCCGCAUGCGCUCUCGAAGCAGACUUUGCAACCCUCGCGGACGGAGACAGGACGCAGCUCAACAGUGCUGUUACGCUCUCAGGCGGACAGAAAUCUCGGAUCUGUCUCGCAAGAGCGGCAUAUGCGCGUGCCGAUAUCUACUUGCUCGAUGACCCUCUCUCCGCUCUCGAUGUCAAAAUUCAAAAAACUGUUCUCCAGCGACUGAUAGGAAGACGUGGGCUGCUCAGCGGUUCUACCCGAAUAGUCGCAUCUAACUCACCGUUUCUCCUGGCCGAGGCAGACCUGGUGCAAUCAAUCGAAGGUGGAGGGAUCUCAACGUCUGAGUCUGGCCAGCUUGUUGAUGUCGACGACAAAGAGGACCGAAGCGAGAUUACCCAGCUUGAAACCCCAUCUGAUGGUGUCGGAGUCGCAUCUGAAGAUACCAUCAUUGUCCAGACGAACAACUCAGGGCCCGACCUGAAGAACAUUGUGAGGGUGGCGACACGAGAGACAAUAGCGAGCACAAGCAACCCCGAUUCUGAGUUAGAGGAAGGAGCCGUCCCAAGGGCCGCAGCUUCAGCCAUCAAGACAAAGAGCUUGGGCAAGGCGCUCAUGCCUUACGUCGCUUAUGCAGUGAAAUUUGGCUGGGUCAUCUCGAUUGGGUCCCUGGCUCUUGCUAGGUUGCUUUCGAUCGUAAGCGUCUACGUUCUGAAAACGAUCGCCGAGAUGCACUCCAGGGUUGAGAUCUCGUACGGCCUCGUGAUAUACAUCUUACUCUCUCUCGGUCAAUCCCUUGGUUUUUUCCUUUUCAUCCUUGCCCUUUACAAGCUAUGCCUUAUUCCAGCAUCGCUGAAAAUACACAGGGAUCUCAUCGCCUCCAUCCUCUCACGCAGUAUGCACUUUUUCGAGACAUCAAAGCCAGGAGACAUCAUCAACAUCUUUACCAACGAUCUGGUCCGCGUCGACACAUCUCUCACCAGUUCUCUACUCUCUCUACUCGCUCAAUAUAUCAGCCUGAUCUUCGCGGCUGCUGUGCUUGUGCUCCCCGCACCAGCAAGUCUCCUAUUCCUGAUCCCCUCGCUCAUCCUGUGUUAUUCCUUGCAGGACCUCUACCUCCAGAAGUUGCGGGAACUGCGCCAUCUGGAUGUGGCCUCUCGGGCCCCCAUCCUGGCUCAUCUGCAGGAAGCUCAAGGAGGCCGCAUUCUUUUUGCCACAUACAACUUUGUCAGGAACCGCCUCGACUCUUACCAGGAUCUGGUCGAGGAAAAUCUGCGCGCUCUCUUCCCGCUCUUCUGCAUCGACCUCUGGCUAGCAGUACGACUGGAAAUCUGCUCCGUUGUGAUUCAGUUGCUCGCCGGCCUGUUACUCAUCGCGACAUCAGUAGAAGCAGGGACUCUUGGAUUCGUGAUGACCUACGUGUUCCAGAUCACGGCGAACCUCACCUAUAUUGCGCGUUUCAGCGCCCAACUAGAAGUGGACGCGGUUUCUUUCUCUCGAAUCAGAGGCCAGAUCGAUGCAGCUGACGAAUCUGGAGAAGCCACAUCAUUCACCGAGUCGAUAAAGCCAGGGCCUAGAUCGCAGUACCGAGAUAAUUCUGUGGACAAUCUCUGGCCGCACACUGGCAAGAUUGAAUUCUGCAACGUCAACUGCAGUUACGGUCCAUUGGCGGCCCCGAGUCUGCGGGACAUCGCUCUUGUCAUCGAACCCGGCGAAAAAGUGGCGGUCAUCGGCCGGACGGGUGCCGGCAAGUCCUCUCUCCUCCUGGCGAUGCUUGGCAUGCUCAAACCAAGCACGGGCACCGUAUGCGUGGAUGGAAUUGACAUUUCGUCUACCGAUGGCAUGCAGUACCGCCAGGGCAUUGCGUUGAUUCCUCAAGAUCCAAUCGUCUUCUCCGGCACAGUGCGCCAGAACCUUGACCCUCUGGGCACGCAUUCCGACAAGGCGAUAAUGGAAGUACUUAGGCACAUAGGGGCAGACAAAGUGAUCCUGAAAGUGGUCUCUGAAUCGGCCGGACAGGUUGACGAUGGCGAAUUGGUUCUGGACAGCCCGGCUCGUUCAGAGGCAAACUUUUCAGCUGGGGAGGUCAAACUCUUGGCCCUUGCUCGUGCGGUCCUUAUCGACGCCAAGAUCCUGGUAGUGGAUGAGUUGGCCAAUGGUUUAGAUCCAGUGAUGGAACGGGAGAUAUCGGACAUUAUGCACGAGUACUUCAAGAGCAACACGAUCGUUGCGGUUAUGCAUAGGCUCGAGCUUACGGUGGAGUAUGACAAAGUCCUCCUCUUGGACCACGGCAAGGUAGUGGCAUAUGAUCACCCACGGACUCUGCUCGCGAACGGGAAUGAAUACUAUUCCUCUAUGCUCGCCGAAGCAGGUCUGUUGGAGCAUGCUAAGGUGGUACUAGAAGUCAAUUAG